AUGAACGCCAAAGAAGGAAAUAUGGAGGUACUAGGUGUUACAGGAAAAUUUGGAUUGGGUACAAGGAAUGAAAGAGGCGCCGACGUUGGAUCGGAUCACAACUCAGUCAUCGCUACAAUAUCAUGCACCCUUAAGAAAGUUAAGAAGAAAGACAAUUAUAACAGACCAGACAUAACAAAACUCGCAGACUUAAACACCAAAGCCAAAGUGGCGAUGGAAAUGAAUAAAUGGGCAGUAGAGGCACAAUCACGGGCAAGUAAUUCACCGGAAACAACAUGGAACUCAUUGAAAUCUAAAGUUCUAGAUAUUAAUAAGGUAUUUUUAAAGCGUGACUGGGUCCCUAAACAAGUUUGGAUGACAGAAAAAAUCUACAGACUCAUGGAAGAACGACGACUUUACAAACAUACGACCGCUAAACAAUAUCAGGAACUACACAAAAUAGUACGUAGAGAAGCUCGUUUUGCUCGUGAUUCUUGGUACCGGCGUAAAUGCGAAUGUCUCGAAAACCUGUAUAAUAAGCACGAUGCAUUUAACUUACACAAAGAAAUCAAAACACUCACAGGUCAGAAAUUACCCUCAAGUCAAUUGGUGGACGAAAACCUAGUCCCAAUUCUAGACAUAUCAAAGAAGAAACAUCGCUGGGAACAAUAUAUUGCAUCUUUGUUUUCUGACAAUGACCGUAGUGAAGAAUUGCCGUACGUAACCACUGAGGGAUACUCUAUUUUACCAGACGAGGUAAUGAAAACUUUGCGUAAAGCCAAACAUGGAAAAUCGCCGGGACCUGACAAUAUCAAUAUUGACAUAUUGAAGUUAAUCGAGGAACAGAACAUCGAAGUUCUCGUUAACUUUAUGAAUUCUGUAUACGAUUCCGGUGAGCUGCCUCAAGAUUCGUUGAAGUCAACGUUCGUCACUCUACCAAAGAAAACGAACGCCAAGAAAUGCGAGGACUUCAGAACAAUAAGUCUCAUGAGCCACGUGCUAAAGUUAUUCCUCAGUAUUGUUAAUGAACGGAUAAGAACCAAGUGCGACGAACAACUUGCAGAUAGCCAGUUUGGUUUUCGAGCAGGCGUGGGUACCAGAGAGGCCCUCUUUGCAAUACAGGUUCUAGUACAGAAGUGCAGAGACAUGCAACAAGAUGUUUUUCUAUGCUUCAUCGAUUACGAAAAAGCUUUUGACAAAGUGCUGCAUGACCGCCUUAUUGAACUUUUAUAUGACAUUGGGCUAGACGAGGCACUGCAUGAUUUGGACUGUGGAGUUAAAAUUAAUGGACGCAACAUUAACAAUCUGAGAUACGCUGACGAUACAGUUCUCAUAGCAUCCUCUCAUCAAGAUCUACAAAAAAUAGUCGAUCGGGUAAAUCAAUGCAGCGAAAAAGCAGGGCUUAAAAUGAACGUCGCGAAAACAAAACUCAUGAUUAUAUCUAGAAAAGAAGUGACUGACGCUUGCAUGUAUGUGGCGGGCCAAAAACUGGAGAGGGUGCGCAAAUACAAAUAUUUGGGUACGUGGUUAAAUGAAGCUUGGGACAGCGAUCAGGAAGUUAAGACCCGUAUCGAAAUAGCACGCAAUGCAUUUGAAAAAAUGCGAAAAAUUUUCUGCUCUCGCAGCCUUAAAAUAUCUUUGCGCAUUCGACUCCUGAAGUGUUACAUCUGGCCCAUCCUCCUCUACGGAUGCGAGGCUUGGACGAUAAAAGAAGACUGCAGGAAACGUAUUGAAGCGUUCGAGAUGUGGGCCUAUCGGCGGAUGUUGGCCAUAAGCUGGACUCACAAAGUAUCAAACGGAGAGGUUCUGCGACGGGUCAAUCACAAACGGGAACUUUUGCAGACCGUCAAGAUGAGAAAAGUAUCUUACCUCGGCCACGUGCUCAGGCACGACAGAUACAAUCUGAUUCAACUCAUCUUGAUGGGAAAAGUUCCCGCAGAUAUUGAUGAUGUUGCCACAGAAAUUGUUUUGGCUGAAUAUGCUGAAAAAAUUUUACUUAUUGUAUCUCAAUAUCAAAAAAUAGGAAGUAUGCUAAUGAUACAAAAAGACCAAGUCCACAGUCCUCUAGGUACAGACGAUGUUUAUACAACAAAAGUUAUUUUUGGUGCCACAGGGGAAGAUCAACAAGUAGCCGCAAGAUACUUAGCUGAGGCCAUCAAAAUCACAAAACCACUCUGUAUAUUUAUAAAUCUAAAAUCUUAUGACAUUGAAACUGUAAAAGCUUGCAAAGAUAUCAUUUUAGAUUUAAAGAAAGAAGAGAAAUAG